CGCGCGCACUGUCGGCACCAACGCCGAGGGCUCCGCAGCACCGCUGCGCCCGCAGCCGCGAUGCUGGGGCUGGUCAUGGCGGUGCUGGCCCUGGCGCUCGCCUACUUCGCGCUGCUGGACGGCUGGUACCUGGUGCGCGUGCCGUGCGCCGUACUGCGCGCGCGCCUGCUGCAGCCCCGCGUCCGUGACCUGCUGGCUGAGCAGAGCUACUCGGGCCGCGUGCUGCCCUCGGACUUGGACCUGCUGCUGCACAUGAACAACGCGCGCUACCUGCGUGAGGCCGACGUGGCGCGCGCUGCGCACCUGGCCCGCUGCGGCGUGCUCGGGGCUCUGCGCGCGCUCGGGGCGCGCGCCGUGCUGGCCGCUUCGUGCGCGCGCUACCGCCGCUCGCUGCGUCUGCUCGAGCCGUUCGAGGUGCGCACCCGCCUGCUGGGCUGGGACGACCGCGCCUUCUACCUGGAGGCGCGCUUCAUUAGCCUGCGCGACGGCUUCGUGUGCGCGCUGCUGCGCUCCCGCCAGCACGUGCUGGGCACCUCGCCGGAGCGCGUUGUGCAGCACCUGUGCAAGCGCAGGGUGGAGCCCCCUGAGCUGCCAGCCGACCUGCAACACUGGAUCGCCUACAACGAGGCCAGCAGCCAGCUGCUCCGGGCCGAGAGCGGGCUUGGCAGUGUUGUAAAGGACCAGUGAGCGCCACAGCCUACCCGCCCUGCCCACCAGCCUUGACCUCGGGGCAGUUGCCCAC